CGCGCGCUCCAAAGGGGGAGGCGCGGACUCCCCUGAAGCUCGGAGACUUUUUCCCGAGUGGGAGUCAGAGCGCAGCGCGGACCCGGACAGGUCUCACCACCGAACCGCGGAGUCUGAACCGGACCGAGCUCGAGUUUGAUUCAUGGGAACAAGCUGGACUCCGUUCAGGACAUGCGCGUCCGUCUGUGGCAGAACCAGAACUUGAAGGAGGUUCGCUGCCGGUACCGGAGGUCCAGAUCAGCCAUGGAUGACAGCAGGUUCUGAUCCAGACCUGACGGGAGCAUCAAGGAUGCCGCGGUGUCGGUUCGACUCCGCUCUGCUGCUGACCCUGCUGCUGAUGGGGAUGUGCGCAGGCGCAGACCCGCGCGGCGCCGCGGACAGCAGCCGGCGCCUCCACCAGAUCACGCACGGCCAGUGCACGUACACCUUCAUCCUACCGGAGGCAGGGGGCGCUGCGGGGGGUUCCUGCCGGGACGCAUCCCCCGCGCGCGACGCCAACUCCGUGCAGAGAGACGCCCCGCCCCCUGACGCGCACCUGCCCAGUCAGAAGAUCCAGCAGCUGGAGAGCAUCAUGGAGAACUACACGCAGUGGCUGCACAAGAUUGAGAGCUACAUGAGAGAGAAGAUGAAGAGCGAGGUGGCCCAGCUGCAGCAAAGCGCCGUCCACAACCACACUGCAGCCAUGUUGGAGAUGGGAACCAACCUUUUGUCCCAGACAGCAGAGCAAACACGCAAACUCACAGACGUGGAGGCACAGGUUCUGAACCAAACAUCCCGCCUCGAGAUCCAGCUGCUGGAAAACUCUCUUUCCACCAAUAAGUUGGAGAAGCAGCUAAUGAUCCAAACGAAUGAGAUCAGCAAGCUUCACGACAAAAACAGCCUUCUGGAGCAGAAGAUUCUGGAGAUGGAGCUGAGACACCAGGAGGAACUGGAUACCCUGAAGCAGGAAAAGGGAAGUCUCCAGGCUCUGGUGGGAAGGCAGAGCACCGUCAUCAGGGAUCUGGAGUCCCAGCUGAGCCGAGCCACAGGAAACAGCACUGCCUUGCAAAGACAACAGCAGGAGAUGAUGGACACAGUCCACAACCUGCUCAACCUCUGCUCCAAAGAUGGAGUUGUACCAAACAGUACAAAGGCUGCAGAGGAGGAAAGAACGUUUCGUGACUGCGCUGACCUGUAUCAGGCUGGCUUCCAUAAAAACGGCGUGUACAUCGUCCAUGUCAAUUCACAAGAGACCAAAAAGGUGUAUUGUAACAUGGAGACGGCCGGCGGUGGGUGGACCUUAAUGCAGCGCCGAGAAGAUGGAGGCCUGGACUUCCAGAGAACAUGGAAGGAAUACAAGAUGGGCUUUGGAAGCGUGUCCUCCGAACACUGGCUGGGGAACGAGUUUGUUUAUCAGCUGACCAGCCAGAGGCAGCACGUUCUCCGGGUGGAGCUGACCGACUGGGAUGGACACCGGGCCUUCUCGCUGUACGACCGCUUCCAGAUCGGCAGUGAGAAACAGAACUACAGGCUUUUUCUCAAGAGCCACAGUGGGACAGCAGGCAGACAGAGCAGCCUGGUCAUCCACGGUGCCGACUUUAGCACAAAGGACAUGGACAACGACAACUGCAUCUGCAAGUGUGCCCUUAUGCUGACCGGAGGUUGGUGGUUUGACGCAUGUGGACCGUCCAACCUCAACGGGAUGUACUUCACAAGAGGGCAGCACAUCGGAAAGUUGAACGGUAUCAAGUGGCAUUACUUCAAGGGUCCCAGUUACUCGCUUCGAGGCACGGCCAUGAUGAUCCGUCCUCUGGAUUUCUCCUGAACACUCGAGCUCCUACCUCGAACUGUGACGAGGAGCCUGCCAGGAGGAGGCCUCUCCUUGUGUCCUCCUGCCUCAUCUCACUUUCUCCAGACGUGGGAGUCUUGUCGCCUCGGCAGCAUUCACACACAAACCGGGAUUGAACAUAUCAACAGACUUUUAUAGAGCUUUCAGACAAAGAAAGUCAAGGAUAGACUGUCAAAAGAAACACGAAGAUGUAGAAGACCUUAAGAUUCACUGCUAGUCAUUUAACCUUCUAUGAUUGAUUUCAUCUCACAACUUCGUGUUGGGGCAGAAAACAUUUUUCUUGAGUUUUUCCUACUUAUUUCAUACAAUUGCACCACCAUUGGUUCCUUUACCUGCAUUGGCAGAUCUUACAUUGCCCUGGGGCCCGUUUCAAGAAGCAGGUUUUGUUGGAACUCUGAGUUCGUGAACUCCAAAUUCGGCAAAACUCUGAGUUUUCGGUUCCAGAAAGAGGGAUAACUCAAACCCGGGAAAGUGGGUGAA